CAUAUUUAUACUAUGAGUGAGUACGGGUGCGUAGUCGUGUGCGUGUAUGUGUACACGCACGUACACAUGUGCUUUGAAUGCUUGAUCAGUCUGUAUAUUUUAUCGUCAUAUAUUACAUACAUGUCCAGACUACACCUGCAUCCUAGCUGUUUUUAAAUACACCGUCUAUCAGCGCGAAGCGAACCUAAGAAUAUAAUAUAUAAAGAUGGCCGAGUAUUUUCAAUCCGACGGCGUUGACGACGGGAAAGUUACCAGACGCACAGUUUCAUUGCGGAAGACGAAAGGCGAGAACUUUGGAGUCGAGCUCUUUGCUGUGGGCUAUCAAACUCUGGUGGCGAAAGUGAAGAAAUUUGUGGUGAUCGACGUUACUACCCAG